CCGGGGCUCGCCGCGAGCCUUCAAGAGCAGCGGCCGCGGCGGAGGCGGCGGCGGCGGCGGCGGCGGCGGCGGCUGUCCAGGCACGGUCCAUCAGCGCGCGCAUCCCUCGGGCGCCCUGAGCAGCGGAGAGAGCUGGUCGGGCCGCGGGGGCCGCAGGACAGGAGUGGACAAAGCAAGAUGGCAGGGAUCUUAGCCUGGUUCUGGAACGAGAGGUUCUGGCUCCCGCACAAUGUCACCUGGGCGGACCUGAAGAACACGGAUGAAGCCACCUUCCCGCAGGCGGAGGACCUCUACCUCGCCUUCCCGCUGGCCUUCUGCAUCUUCAUGGUGCGGCUCAUCUUCGAGAGAUUUGUUGCCAAACCAUGUGCCAUAGCUCUCAACAUCCAGGCCAAUGGACCACAAAUUGCCCAACCAAAUGCUAUCCUGGAGAAGGUCUUCACUGCAAUUACAAAGCAUCCUGAUGAGAAGAGAUUGGAAGGCCUAUCCAAGCAGCUGGACUGGGAUGUUCGCAGUAUUCAACACUGGUUUCGACAGAGACGCAACCAGGAGAAGCCCAGCACCCUGAACAGAUUCUGCGAGAGCAUGUGGCGAUUUUCAUUUUACCUAUAUGUAUUUACCUAUGGAGUUCGCUUUCUGAAAAAGACCCCCUGGUUGUGGAAUACCAAGCAAUGCUGGUACAACUACCCCUAUCAGCCACUCACCGCUGACCUUCACUAUUAUUAUAUCCUGGAGCUGUCAUUUUAUUGGUCUCUAAUGUUUUCCCAGUUCAUUGAUAUCAAAAGAAAGGACUUUGGCGUUAUGUUCCUGCAUCACAUUGUCUCUAUUUUCUUGAUUACCUUUUCAUAUGUCAACAAUAUGGCCCGAGUAGGGACCCUGGUCUUCUGCCUUCAUGAUUCAGCUGAUGCUCUUCUAGAGGCUGCCAAAAUGGCAAAUUAUGCCAAGUUUCAGAAAGUCUGUGAUCUCCUGUUUAUUAUGUUUGCCAUGGUUUUUAUCACCACACGACUGGGCAUUUUUCCUAUUUGGGUGUUAAAUAGCACAUUGUUUGAAAGCUGGGAAAUAGUUGGACCUUACCCUUCCUGGUGGGUGUUUAACCUACUGCUGUUGCUAAUACAAGGCCUGAACUGCUUCUGGUCAUACUUGAUUGUAAAAAUAGCUUGCAAAGCUAUCUCAAAAGGCAAGGCUGGGAAGUGGAACCCUUUACAUGUGUCCAAGGAUGACCGAAGUGAUAUUGAGUCUAGCUCAGAUGAGGAGGACUCAGAACCUCCUGGGAAGACCCCCAACUCUGCAACCACCACCAAUGGUACCAGUGGUACCAAUGGAUAUCUUCUGACGGGCCCUUGCUCCGUGGAUGAUUAAUUAUGGAAAAGUACAAGUCCUGAACAAAGUGAACUGUUUGUUUCUGGAAGUAUUUAAUAAGUCACAAAUGCAGUUCCUUUCAUCAUAUUUCAGCACCAGAAAUAAAAAUUAGGAUUAUCAAAGCAUUUUGAAUAGUGCACUGCCAUGUGUCCUGUCUGUGAAUGAAGAAAAAUUACCAUUCUCUAUAUGUAGGCAUGCUGUAUGUAAUUGACACAAGGGAACAGUAUUUGCAUAUGUACUGUCUUAGAAUAUUAUUUAUUUUUUUCUAUUUGUUUGUAAAUUUGUGGACAAAAGAGGCUUUCCUCACUCCUUUUGAUGCUCUGGGUUUUUGACAGUGAGAGAGAUGCUCCGUUUGCUUCCACCCUUUUCUCUUGCUGUAACCCAGUUUUCUAGGAGUAUCAGUUUAAUUUGUCAGUUAGAGCAAGCCAAACUCAGUGCAAAGUUCUUGUACAGCUUCAGAUAGGUUUGUUUUCUUUUGUUACAGUGCCCAUCGUGAAGUUGCCUACUCAGUCUCAGUGGCCCUCUUCCCCCUACCAAGUUUAGGCAUGAUGAGCUACUACUUGCAAUUGUUAAUCUUCAAUGUGGAGUAUCAGUUCAUAUGAAAGAGAGUUGUGAUGAAGAACGUUUUUACCUGUUUCACAUUAGAGUUCCGUGGAAUAGAUUUCAUUUCUUGGGUACAUAGCCAAGAUUUCUUCAGUUAAUGGGAUAGCUACUUGGGCGAUUCACUUUGUCAGUUUCAGAGAAUUUCCGGUUGUUGAGUUUUUUUCUCUCUCAUGAGGUCCAUGCUGGGAUUCUGGAUGGAAAUGUUUACUUAAGUUCACAGUAAUAAUCAAAGAAUUACUGUUGGGAAUUUAUCUGGUGACUAAAGGUUGACACAGAAAGUAGCAGAUUUCACAGAUUUGACCACUAGCCCUGUUGUUAGCAUGUUGUUUUCUGUCAUAUCUUGAAUAAAGAAGCCAAGUAUUUGGGGACAGAAAAUAGAAGACUUUCAAGAGAUGGCCAAAGUAACCCCAGGACAAAGCACUUUACUGCAACAUCUUUCGAGACUCUCUAAUAUUUGAUCUUGAUGUUUUUAUUUUAUCAAGCAAAAUAAAACCAGUGGGAGAGAAUUAUUUUACUUUUUUUCUUUUCUUCUUACCCCAGAAUGGUUUUCUAUUAUUAAAACUGAGCAAUAUUAUACUCUUAAUCUUUAAAGUGGCGUCUUCCAAAGUCCUGUUUGGUUUCCAAGAACUUUUUUGAAAGAAAUAUUUUGAGAAACAAUAAAAAUUCUGUCAGAAAGAUCAGCAGUGAGAAAGACUUUUGAAAAAGUCAGUUUCUAUAAUUUCCUAUGUGACAGUGUUAGCUAUGUGGAGAUAAGUAAACCUACAUGUAUACCAAAGACUUUCAUCUCUUUCCUUUCAGAUUUUAGUAAGGAGUUAAAGGGUGUCAUAAAUAUUUAUCUCAUAAAUCAGAAAGACCAAUGUCUAAAACAAGGAACCAAAAAAAUAUGUAGUAAUAUGAAUGUGAAUUGGAUUUCACAACAAGUACUCAUGUCUGGUUCAGGCUAUUCACAUUCAUAUGAUUUGGGGGGAAAUUUUUAGCUAACUUUAAAUAAACUUUUUAAUAAUUUUUUUAAAUUGAUAAUUUUAAAUAUGAUUUUGGGGGAAAUUUUUAAACAAAGUUAAUGCCCGCAAUAGCCAACCUGUCAACUAAUAUUUUUUUUGAAAAGAAUGUUCUCACAUGUAAUAUUAAAUCUUCCCCUUCAUUAUUUUCAAAAUAGUAUGGUGCUGGUAUAAUCCAUUAUAAUAAUUGGGAAUAUGUUUGCUUAUUUGAGAAACGAUGCAAUUUAUUCUAAUUUUAAAAUUCUAUUAUUUCAAAAAGAAGGGAAAAUUCUCAGUGUAUUUUGUGGGUGGCUUGAAUUUGUAAGGCCUAUCAUAAAAUAUCAAAAGUACUUGUUAGUCAUCUGAACAUCUGCUAAAAUGAAGAGAUAUAAAAAGUAACAGCAAACAUGUACUUGAAAAUUUUUUGAGGUGAAAAUUUCUUUUCUUAUCAGCUAAAAUGUGGAAUAGGAGAGAGAAUUAUACCUCACUUUAGUGUUCGUAGCAAAUCUUUUCAAUUUGUGAAAAAAAAAAAACAGAACAACGAUGAUUCAAGUUUGGAUUAUCUGAUGGUCUUUAGCUCAGAAGGAAUGUUUUUUGAGAUCACUUGUAAAUUAGAGAUUUAGAAAAGUUGCAUAAAAGGAAGUAAAAUAAUUCUGUCCUUUAAAAAGACAAAUCUAAACAAUCUCUGGUUUUCCCAAAAAGUUUCUUACAAAUAUAACUGGAAAUGCUCAGACUCUUGGAGGAAAAUAGUAAGAGUUCUCUGUAUACCUACAGAUUUUUAUUACAUUUUUCAAAAUAGUAUGUGUAGGCCUCUGAAGAUGAAUGGUAUCUCUCUCUACUGCUCUCCCACUGGUCUGCUAAGGCUGAGAGAGAAAAAUAUGUGAGGUAAUUUAUCUACUACCUAUGUGAGACUAUUACUUUGAAACUGUAUUUUGUAAAUUCAACAGUAAAGUGUUGUUUCCUGUUAGUUAACUAGCCUAUGUUGCUCUUUCUCUCCUCCUGGUCACAUUCAAACCUUCUCAUGUCAGUAGAGCAUGUCAGGAUACAUCUAAAGUAUUUUUUCCCUAAUGUUAUAGCUUUUACUAGCUUUCUUAGUGGAGGGAAAAAAAGUAGAAAAUCAAGUAGAAUUUGGCCUUGGGUCAAUAAAUGGUAGAAAAAUGUGUGAUCUGCGUAUGUAUAUGUAUGUUUCUCUAAAAUGUGAUGAAACCAAAAUAUCACUGACUCAUCUUUAUUCAUAUUUUCAUACAAACCAUCCACCACAAUUUUCCAUCCCCCUCUCAACUUCCAGUUCAGACGUCCCACAGAGUGGAGAGUGGCAAACACUCCAGUGGUGCAAACUAGAUCCUAAAGGGCAUAAGGUCAGUGUAUACACCUAAUGCAGUAAACAGAUCCUAAUUUAGACCUGGGAAUGUUGAGGAUAGAGUAGCCACUCUCAGUAUUUGGAAUUAUUAUUUGAUUUGGAAAAUACAUGUGAUGACGGCUUUACUCCAGGAUUUUAUUAUCAUCCAACUCCUGCUAGACAGAUGAUAUCCUGAGGAACCAUCAGAUAAUGAAACAGCUGACCCAAAAAAAAAAAUAUGAAUGAAUAAGAAAGACAUGGGCAAGCAUUGGGUGAGAAAAAUAGUCUUUCGUGAGGUUAUACUGCAAUAAUUUCAGCCCAAAUAGGGUGUAAACCUUAAAAUGUCCAGCUUUGUUGCCAGAAUUUCUAUUCUGAGUAUUUAAUAGGUCAUGAAUUUGAGAAAACCGAAUUCCUUCACCUUAGAUAGCAAAAGUUUAAGUCUUUUACUUUCUGUACUUUAGGCUGUUGUUAUUUGGGCCUAGGUGAAAAAUGAGAUUUUAUUUCAGUUUGAGUCUUUACAAAGAACUUUUCAGAAAGGACUUUAUGGACACCUAAUGAUUGUUUGCAAACUGCUCCAUAAUUUUGAAUUAAAUUCAUUUUUGCCCCUUUCUUAGAAAUAUUAAUGCCAAAGUUUCCUGACUAUUUGAGUACUUUUUCUUAAUUUGAAAUACAGAAUGCAUACAUAAUAAUUCCAAAGGUGUUAAUAGAGUCUGUUUAUCAGUAUGUGUGAUGAUAUUGUGUUCGGAGAGGCUUCAAGAAAUACUUUGGAAAUAAAAAGGUAAAUGUUUACAUUUCAUGUAAUAAUCUGAGGUCUUAAGAUUCUGGAUUGCUUUUCUCUUGGUUUUUGGCUGCUUCCUGCUUUGUAAAUAAAUAAUAGUUGCCCUGAAUGUUUCUAACAUUCAAAUUGAAAAAUAAAAUCAAUAGAAGUCAACCUUAUGAGAAGUGAUGACAAAGCACUUUCAGUUUCUAAGCAACAUGUAAGAGAAGAAAAUGCAGUUAGCACUCAAUGAUCAUAAGGAAUUCUUAAAGUCAUACAAAAUAAAUCAGAAUGUUCAUUUAAAUUAUUGUAUUCCAGGUUUACAUUUUUCUUGUAAAAAAAUACAGCUUUGCCAUUCUCAAAUUACCAGAGUGAGUAGCCCUGGUUCACUCUGGCCACAUUUUAGUUCUUCCUAAUUGGCCGGAAAAGGAUCAUCUCUUGCUCCUUGUGUGUGGUUCCCUCCCUUCCUCAAGGGGGCGCCCAGUGGAUGUAGAGGAGCUAUUGGAAUACCAGAUGCUGUUUUUCAUGGAGAAAAUUUUAUUAGAGAAUACGAAACAUCAUAACAUUAAUAAGGUUUGUUAUUGAGAUCUGUAGACACCAAAGGAAAACUUAAGUCUUUUUCAGUUAUUUGAAACUUGAGUUCAACCUGAAGCCUUUGAAAGGAAAAUAUUUGCCAAAUAAUCACAAGCUAAAAUCCCAUUAGAUCAAAGAAACAUGUGUGCAUGUCUGCAGCCAGAUGACAUAUCAUGUGUUGUCUCUAUAAGGCUAAGCAUUUUCAGGAUUGUUCAGGCAGUAAUUGGGGGAUCUUUAUCCUUAGGUCUGUCUUGUUUUUUUCUCAUUCACUCACAUUCCUUUAAGCUACCUGAAAUUCUUGAUACACGAAAGCCAGAAUACUGUCACUUUUCUCCUGUAAAUUUCCCAGUAGCAUUUGGAUCAGUGUGUAGCACUUUCUUUUCUAUUUGAUUUCAUUUUUUCUGAAAGUGUUGUACCCACAUAGUCUGAUUUCCUUGAUGUAGAUCUAUGAGAGCUUAAAUUCCUUUGAUACAUGUAGUAUAGCCUAGAAACCAGAGAGCUAUCGCAAUUGGUAUAAUUUCUGUGUUAAAUGAAAAACUAGAUUUUAUAGAAAAUUUUUUCUGCCCUUUGAUCAAUACUGUAAAAUCUCAUCAUAAAAUUGUCCUUUAACAAUUGAAGGUUUUUUUUUUUAAGUUAAUAGGCCAAAGAUAGGAAGUGGCAAUUUUAGAACUUUGACUUCAGAACUUCGUUUCCUUAAGCAAAAGAAAUAUUAUUCAUGUUUGAAUUCCAAAAGUUUCAUAAAGCCUCUAAACGUAUAAUUUUCCUCAAUUCUGUUUGCCCUCAUCAUCAUUUACCUCUGCAGCCAUUUGUUGUUCUGUAAGGGGGAGGUGGUUAGUUUGGGGAUUUGGUUUUUUAAAACUUGCAGUGAGAAAUAGGAUAGGUGACAAACUUCUUAUUGUUGCUGUUGUUGUCGUUUUCUAAAGAUAAUUCAGUGCUUGAGCAUCUCUGUCAGAAAUGGAAUGAUGUACUGUUAGCCAAUUAGAAAUAUUUUAUGUAUUGUUGUGUUGCUGAUUUUUAUAUGAAAAAAAUAAUUAUUCAUUCUUGAUGUCUGGAAACAAUCAUUAUGAGGAUCAUUUUACUUUGGAAACACUUUCAUAAUAAAGAUAAGUGUUAAGA